AUGAGCGGUGUCGGCAAGGGCACGGUGAUGAGCAGCCUAGGUGUCCUCCUCCGUUCCUACAAUAUCUCCUGCACUGCCAUAAAGAUAGAUCCUUAUUUGAACCUUGAUGCGGGCACUAUGUCACCGCAGGAGCACGGAGAGGUGUACGUGCUUGAAGAUGGAGGUGAAGGUGACCUGGACCUGGGCAAUUAUGAGAGAUUCUUGAACCUUAGACUUAGCAAGAACCAUUCUAUUACGACGGGUAAGAUUUUUACCCAUGUCUUCGAGAAGGAACGCCGUGGUUGCUACCUCGGCAAGACAGUUCAGAUGGUUCCUCACGUCGUGGACGAGAUCAUUGACUGGAUUAGUCGGGUCAGCGAGGAGCCUGUGGAUCGCAUGGGCUGGCGCAAGCCGGAGGUCUGCCUUCUUGAGAUCGGUGGCACUGUAGGCGACAUCGAGUCCGAGAUAUUCAUGGAAGCUAUUCGCCAAUUGCGGUUGAGACUUGGAGCGAACAACACAUGCCUUUUGUUGUUGUCGUACAUGCCCGUUGUAGGCAACAGCAACGAGCAGAAGUCCAAGCCCACUCAACACUCAGCUAAGAACCUGCUCGCUCGAGGGCUCCAACCGGAUAUGAUUUUUGGUCGAUGUGCAACUGAGCUGACUUCUGCUAUUAAAGAAAAAAUCGCUUUCUUCACUCAAGUAAAGCCGGAUAACGUGAUUAGUGUUCAUAAUUCUUCCGACGUAUACAACGUCCCUCUUAUACUGGAAUCGCAGCAAGUGGCGCAAAAGAUAAUAAAGCUCUUGGAAAUAACUCCGAAGACUGAUCUGCCACUCCCCAAAUUGUACUCCCUAGAAAGUUGGAGGAGUCUGAUAAACACCCACGACGCCAAGGUUACGAUAGCGCUGGUUGGCAAGUACAGUUCUGCCAACGAUGCGUAUCUCUCUGUUAUGAAUGCGUUGAAGCAUUCUGCUAUGGAUGCCGGCUACGCAUUGGAGCUCAUAUUCCUGGAGGCUGAGAAGUUCGAGGCUGAGCCCUCUAAGGUGAAGGAACUGCUUCAAGGAGCCACUGGUGUAGUGGUUCCCGGCGGUUUCGGUGAACGUGGCACCAACGGGAAAAUGAUCGCAACCCGAUACUGCAGAAAGAAUGGCGUUCCUUUCCUUGGCAUUUGCCUUGGUUUGCAGCUAGCGGUGCUGGAUAUCGCCAGGGAGUUUGCACCCAACGCCGUUCACGGUGAGAUGGCGGAGGCGCCAUUAGAGGAUCAAGCCAUCAUUGCGAUGCCGGAAUUUCUAGGUGAUGACUCUAAGGGCGGAAGCAUGCGUCUGGGUGUGCGCGAGGCACACGUCCUUCCCGGGUCUCUUGCCCACAAGCUCUAUGACCAUCAAACUGUGAUUAGCGAGCGUUAUCGCCACCGCUACGAGGUCAACCCAGACUUCGUCGAUCGCAUCACCGAUAUGGGUUUCGUGUUUUCGGGAACCGACCCGAGCGGCCGGAGGAGGGUAAUGCUGGAGCUCCCCAGCCAUCCGUAUUUCUUCGCCACGCAAUUCCACCCGGAGUUCCAAUCUACACCAUACAAGCCUAGCCCCCCAUUCCUCGCCCUGGUACUGGCAGCUAAGGGUCAGCUGGCCUCCAGGUUGGAUGCGAAUGGAGGGAAAUUGUGCCCUGGUGGCAAGUACGGAUUCGCUUGA